UCUUGUUGCUGUUUUGCCUCGACAGAGAGCUGAGUGUGGGGCAAAACACUAAUACACACACACACACACACACUGAAUGGUGUGUUAAAGCUUCAUUUUAGACUGCGGAUAGAGUAACGUGUGGGCUGAAGAGAUGGAGAAGGAACCGGAUCCUGAGUGUGGCAGCUCCGCCUCCUGCAUGAGCACUGGCAAAUCUAAGCUGGACACACUCGCCAAAGAUGACCUCAUUAAAUUUGCAAAGAAGCAGAUGGCUGCAAUGCAGAAGUUAAAGUCUAAGUGUGCAGGUUUAGAAGAGAAAGUUGAAGCGCUGAAGGUGAAUCCUGGUGGGACGUCUAAUGAUUCUGUGAUAAAGGAGCUGACUGAGCGAAUGGAUGCUGUGUUGCUGGAGAAAGCAGAGACUCAACAGAUGCUUGUUUUACUUCGUAAAGAAAAUGAAACGCUGAAAAACCAAAGAGAAGAAUCGGUGGAGAAGGUGGCUGCUCUCCAGGAGAAACUGCUUCAUGCUGAGAUCGACCACACUGAAAAGAUAAAACACUUGGAAGAACAGUUUCAAAACUCAGAAACAAAGUACAGAGAGGAAUUGGAGGCUUUAAAAAAAGUAGCAAGUGAAAAUGAAGAAAUCCAGCGACACAGACUUCAGGAAGACUUUAAUGCUAAUAUUGAAAUGGUUCGUCAGGAAUAUGAGCGCAAGAUAUCUGACUUGGAGCAGAAUCUGGAAUUGACUAGAAAGGAAUUGAAAACUGAGAAUGAAGGCCUCCAGGAAACUCAUCACAUAACUCUCCAGUUAAAACAGGAAGAGAUUGAGAAUCUUCAGGAGACGAUUUCAAAGCUGAGCAAACAGCAUGAAGAUGAGGUCAGUUACCUGGAAGAGCAGCUGGAAAUCAGUGCUGCAGACUUCGACAUAGAGAGGGAGAGGCUUUUGCAAAUGCAGGAAGAGCUUUCAGAGCAAAUGGCACUGAAGGAGACCUACCUCCAGGACGUUCAAGAGGAAGAAGAAGACCUCAAUAGAAGAACCCAGAAGCCAUCAGAAUCGAUGGAGGCACUGGAUUCCUCAGACCCAGAGAAUGAAAUGGACAGAUUGAGAUUAGCAGUGCAGGAUUUACAGUCACAAAACACAAUGCUUAAUGAGGAGCUCACCUUCCUCACUAAUGUGAAGGCUGCGCUUGAGGGUGACCUGAAACAUUUAAAGGAGGAGUUCAGCAUGGAGAGGGAAGAGCUGGAGUUCAAGAUCAAUGAGCUGCAGAUGACCAAAGAAGAAGGUGAGAUUUGUCCUGAAAAGGAGCCUGACGAUGUUACUAUUGCAAAAGAGACUAUAAGUCUUGAAGAACAUAAUCAGAUUCUUCAAGGAUUGAAAGAGUCACACAAAACAGAAAUGAAAGAACUAGAGACUCAUCUUGCAUCUUCUAAUGAACGUGAAAAAGAGGUGAUCGCUCAAGAGGCUCAGGAUCUCCAAAACAAGUGUAGGGUGCUUUCUGAGGAGAAAAACGCUGUUGUGGAUGAAUAUGAGCACACAAAGGAGAUCCUGAGGAACAUUGAACUGGAGCUUGGAGACCGAACGUCAGAGUUUGUAAAGAAAUACAAUGCCAUGAAGGAGCAGGCCGCAGUUUCAGUUCAGGAAUUGGAGGAAAAGCUCAGGGAGAAGGACGAUCUAAUCGAGAAACUGGAGUGCACACAAAAGGAAAUGCAGGAAACUUUAGAGCAAAAACCUCAGCAUGAGCAGAACGUUGCUCCAGAGGACAAAGACGUCCACGUUAUAAUGAUGUCAGACACAGAAAACCUGAUGACACUUGAUGACGUAGUAAUAUACAUAGAAAAAAUACAAGAGGAGUGUAAGAAUACAGGUGUGGACACAGCCCGGGUCACACUCGAGAAGUUGAAGGACUUGUCAGGGGCUUUGCAAGGUGCUUUAGAUGAGAGGAAAUGUCUGAGGAGUUCUGAAUCAGAGUUGGAGAGCCGUCUCUCUCAUGAAAAAGAUCAACUGGCCAAGGACUUGGCUCUGUCGAAUGAGGAAAAGACUGAGCUACAGAGAGCACACCAGUCUGCAUCGCACGAGCUGGAUGCUCUCAGAAAGGACCUGGAGAUUAGUGAGGAAAAACUUUCUGAGGCACGAAGGCAAGUCUGCUCUGUACUUGCACAGAAUUACACUGUAAAAUUACACGAAGAUGAGGACAUCUCCACACUGCUGGAGCACCUUCUGUCCAGAGUUCAAGAAGAGAAAUCUGCCUGUAUUGUGUUGGAUGAGGAAAAGGCUAAACUCGAAAAAGACCUGGGAGCUCUGUCUGAAGAGAGGCUUGCUCUCAAGAAGGUUCUUGAAGAUAUUGACCGAAAACUCUCUGAAACACAAAAACAUGUGUGUGAAAUAUUGGAGCAGCACUUUUCUGUAAACACAGUGGACGAGGAGGACAUUAGUGUACUGCUUAAUCAUCUCGUGUCCAGCAUUCAUAAGGAAAAGAAGAGCUACAUGAUGUUAAAUGAGGAGAAGAUUAAGUUACAAGGAGACCUGGUGAACAUGGUUGAGGAAAGAGAUGAGUGGAGGAGGUGUGUGGAAACCCAUGAAGGUAAACUUUGUGAUGCACGGAAGCGUGUGUGUGAAAUUCUGGAGCAGAACUACGCUGUAAACAUGGAUGAACAACAGGACCUGUCCAUACUGCUGGAGCAUCUCCUGUCAAGAGGUCAGGAAGAUAAAUCAACCUGUAUUAUGUCAAAUGAGGAAAAGUUGAGAAAGUUAGAGAAAGACCUGCAAUCUCUGUCUAAAGAGAGGAAUGAUCUUAAGAAGGUUCUUGAAGAUAGUGGAAUAAAGUUCUCUGAAACACAAAAACGUGUGUGUGAAAUAUUGGAGCAGCACUAUGCUGUGAACACGGUGGGCGAGGAAGACCUUAGUGUACUGCUUAACCAUCUCCUUACCAGCAUUCAUGAAGAAAAAAAGAGCUACAUGAUGUUAAAUGAGGAGAAGAUUAAGUUACAAGGAGACCUGGUGAACAUGGUUAAAGAAAGGGAUGAGCUGAGGAGGUGUGUGGAAACCCAUGAAGGUAAACUUUGUGAUGCACAAAAGAGUGUGUGUAAAGUUCUGAAGCAGACCUACUCUGUGAACAUGGAUGAAGCUGAGGACAUCUCUGUCCUGCUGGAGCAUCUCCUGUCAAGAGGUCAAGAAGAAAAAUCAACCUGUUGUGUAUUAAAUGAGAUUAAGGCAAAGUUGGAAAAAGAUCUGCAAGCUCUGUCUGAAGAGAGGAAUGAUCUCAGGAAGGUUCUUGAAGAUAGUGAAAGAAAACUUUCUGAUACACAAAAACAUGUUUGUGAAAUAUUGGAGCAGCACUACGCUGUGAACAUGGUGGGAGAGGAAGACAUUAGUGUACUGCUUAACCAUCUCCUUACCAGCAUCCGUGAAGAAAAACGGAGUUACAAUGAGGAGAAGAUGAAACUACAAGGAGACCUGGUGACUGUGGAUGAAGAAAAGGAUCAUCUAAAGAGGUGUGUGGAAACCCAUGAAAGGAAUCUUUCUGAUGCACGGAAGCAUGUGUGUGAAAUUCUGGAGCAGAACUACGCUGUAAACAUGGAUGAACAACAGGACCUGUCCAUACUGCUGGAGCAUCUCCUGUCAAGAGGUCAUGAGGAAAAAUCAACCUGUAUUGUAUCAAAAGAGGAAAAGGCAAAGUUGGAAAAAGAUCUGCAAGCUCUGUCUGAAGAGAGGAAUAAUCUUAGGAAGGUUCUUGAAGAUAGUGAAAGAAAACUUUCUGAUACACAAAAACAUGUUUGUGAAAUAUUGGAGCAGCACUACGCUGUGAACACGGUGGGCGAGGAAGACAUUAGUGUACUGCUUGAACAUCUCCUUACCAGCAUCCGUGAAGAAAAACGGAGUUACAAUGAGGAGAAGAUGAAACUACAAGGAGACCUGGUGACCCAUGAAAGGAAUCUUUCUGAUGCACGGAAGGGGGUGUGUAAAAUUCUGGAGCAAAACUACUCUGUGAACAUGGAAGAAGAACGGGACGUGUCUGUGCUGCUGGAUCGUCUUCUGUCAAGAGUUCAAGAAGAAAAACUAGUAUUAGCACAGCAGCUGGAUGGGAAAGCAGUACAACACCAGCAGGCUGAGGUCACUGAUGCUGGGUUCCUCCAGACGACCAGUCGAAAUGAAGUUCUGUCAGAUACUGUAAAUUCGCAAGGGGACCAAAAUCAACAGGUUGAAAUGUCGGGAAGGUUGGUGGGCCAGGAACGGGAAGAAUCUGCAGUUGAAGGAGGCGCUCAGGAGACUGAUGACAUGAAAAGCCUCCAGCAGAAGCUGAGUGAAAAAGAGUCCAUAGUGGCUCAUCUAAAGGAAGAACUUUCCCUGUUACAGGAAUCCAAGCUAUCUACUCUCAACGAAAAUAUGAGACAAAUGGAAUUUUUAGAAAAAGAAAGCAAAGAGAAAGAAGAACGUUUAAAUAAAUUCAAGGCUGUAGCUGUGAAAGCAAGGAAGGAACUGGACUCCAGCAGGAAAGAGGCAUCCAGAUUAAAAGAGGAAUUGGAGGCUUUAAGAGUCGAAAAAGACAAAAUGUCAGACUCCAUGAAGGCCAUCAUCCAUGGUGCAGAAUCCUACAAGAAUCUUAUGAUUGAUUACGAUAAGCAAACUGAGCUGUUAGAUAAAGAGAGAGAGAAACUGGAGGCAUCAGAGAAAUUGGUUGUUGACUUGAACAAACGUCUGCAUGCAGCUGUUGAGCAGCAUCAGCAGCUCUCUUCUGAGAGAGAAGACCUGAAGGCUCAUAUCGAGACUCUCCAAAGUAAUGUUCGACAGCUGGAGGCACAGGCUCUGGAGAUGCACAAACUCAAAUCCACAUUGGAGAGAGACCUGGAAGCAGAACGACUUUUAAAGGAGCAAAAAACAAAGGAGCAUGUGUGUGCAGUGAAGGAAGUCGAGGAGCUCCAAAGUUUUCUACAGAAACAGAAACAACAUUUGCAGCAGACAGAGCAAGAGCUGGAGCAGCUCAGGAAGGACGCCCAGCAGAGCACUUUGUUGGACAUGGAGAUGGCAGAUUAUGAGCGGCUGGUCAAAGAGCUCAACCUGCAGCUCUAUGAGAAGGACAGACUACUGGAAGAGCAGGAACGGCAAACACAAGCUCAGAGAGAGAGGGAGGAGAAACUCAACCAGGAGAUAGAGUCUUUAAAGUCGCUCGUGGACGUCGGAGAGGAGAAGACCGCUAAGGUUAAGCAGCUGCUCGUGAAAGCCAAGAAGGAUUUGGCAGACGCCAAAAAAGAAGAAGCAUCUCAGAUGAUCGCGCAGUCUUCUCUGAAAGGGGAAUUAGAGAGCAUUCAACAGCAGCUGGAAAAUUACAAGAUUCAGUCUAGUGAACUGACUGCAGAUCGGCACAGACUUCAGGAGCAGCUAAAGGCACUGAAUGAUCAACAUCAGAAGUCAGUCACUUCCUACCAUACCCAAGUGACCACAUUGCAGAAUGAUCUAAGCACUACAAAGGCUGACCUUGAGUCCGUAAAGUCUGAGUACAACAGUUACAAGGUACGAGUACAUAAUGUGCUCAAGCAGCAGAAAAAUAAGAGCUCUACUCAAAGUGAUGGUGAUUUUUCCAAACAGGAAAGGGAGAACAUGGAGACCAUGCUGGAGCAGUUGAGGUCCAAACUGCAAGAAAGUCAACUUAAUGCACAGAGCUGCAAUGCUGAACUGCAGCAGCUUCAGACUGAAUAUGACACACUUUUGGAGCGUCACAACAAAAUGUUGCAGCAGACCAUCGCUAAAGAGGCUGAACUGAGAGAGAGGUUACUGUCACUGCAUUCAGAGAAUGUAGCUCUAAAAUCCGAGCACAGCCAGUCAGUUGCGCAGCUAACGGCACAAACAGAAACCUUACGUAGUAGCUUCCGUGAUCAGCUGCACCACCUACAGGAUGAACAUCGCAGCACGGUAGAGACCCUGCAGCACCAGAUCAACAGCCUGGAGAAUCAGCUGUUCCAGCUGCAAAAAGAGCCUGCAACAUCUGCCGCUCAGCAGCCGAGCAAGAAGCCAACGUCGGAUAGGAAGCUUGCAGAUCUGCCUUUGUUUGAGAUGGACAUGGCACGAGAGGAAGGUGAGGGAAUGGAGACGACGGAGGCCGAGUCUCUCUCCACAGCAGGGACGCCCCCACCCAGUCUCGAGCAGCUCCUCUCUUCACCUGACCCCAAACACGAGCCCUUUGUGUGGCAGGUGGAGCCGACAAAGGAGGAACUAACUAACAAACUGAGCACAGCCACACGCAGUAUGGAGCACAUGAACAGCCUGCUGCAUGAGAGUGAAGCCACCAACGCCAUCCUCAUGGAGCAGAUCAGCCUCUUGAAGAGCGAGAUGCGACGUCUGGAGCGGAAUCAGGAGCGUGAGAAAUCCGUUGCCAACCUGGAGUAUCUAAAAAACGUGUUGCUGCAGUUCAUCUUCCUUCAUGCUGGCAGUGAGAAGCAGGCGCUGCUGCCCGUCAUACACACCAUGCUGCAGCUCAGCCCUGAAGAGAAGAGCAAACUGUCUGCAAUAGCACACGGUGAAGAAGAGGCUGCAGCAUCUAGAGGAUCCGGUUGGACUUCCUACCUUCACAGCUGGUCUGGGAUCAGAUAAGCAUCUGGAACCUCAACUCUGUACUGUCUGUAUGAUUCUACUAAAAAACAAUAAGGGGUCAUCUGUAUUUUUUUUUUUAAGAAUAUUUUUUAUUAUUCUUGUAAAGUACGAAGUUGACUUGUAAAAUUAAUCAAAAAAAUCAAUCCAAAGAUCUCACAUUUUCUGUAAACAUGUCUUAAUUAGCUUUCCCUGUUAUAUGUGAAGAAAACACCUGAUUAAUAUGUAAUAUCUAAAGCUAUAAUGAUUUAUAAAUAAGCAAAAACAGUGAAUGUUGUCCAAGCAUUAUUUAAAAAUGUUGAUUGAAAAAUAAAAACUUUAUUUUUUCCUUUUACUGUAAACUACUGCAUCUUGUUACUGUAAUCAACAAUAAAGUACAUCAUGCUAAG